AUGGACGACACGCAGCAUCGUGGCUUUGAUGCCUUGCCAAACGAGCUUCUAUACGACAUUCUGUCGUCCUUUACUACAAAGCAUGUCUUGACAUUUGCUCCAGUCUCGCGUAGAUUUCAUUCUAUCUGUGUCAGGAUUCUGCAGAAUCGCUUGACAGUUGCCGCUACUCUGCUCGACCAUAUUCUGAUGCUCGAACUGUACCCCCCAAGUGCUAGAUUGACGGCUGGCAAGCUGUUUUGUACAUCAUUAGGAACCUCUCUACUGGACGAGGAAUCUCUUGGAAGCAUUCCAGAUGUAGCAAGAAUUGGACAUUUGGGAAAAGCCGUCUAUUCCAAAUUCAGACCCCAGCAUCAAGAGGUGCGAAGGCCUUCUAUAAAACAUCCCGCUGGGGACAUUCCAGGCUCGAGGACUCAUCCGAGUUCUGCCGAUCCAAGUGUUCAUGCCCAUGACGCAGAGAGUAAUCUGGUUUCCCAACAAGUCUCUCUGGACGCAGACGAACUGUUCACUCAACUGAUCGCCACUUUGAUGCUGGUAAAGCCAGGACCACGUCCAGACACGAUACUCACAGCUGUCGAAGUUUGCGAAGGCACCAUCAGAGUUUGGCGAGAUUGGCUUUCCAAGCAAAACGAAGCGAAUGUCGACUCGACAUCUUCAUGCUCAUCAGCAGAUGACCCAUCUAUUCUUUGGGUCAACACGGCAGAUCACGCUGUUGGUGUCAAAUUUAGAGUCAAAGAACGAAAGUGGAAGAGGGAUAUUCCUGUCUUGAUUUCUGCCGACGAAGAAGUCGCCGUUUCGUACACAGUUGAGCUUGAAGAGGUUGUAUUAAGAACGUCUCACUUGUUGUUCAUGGUGGAGGAGUCACUCAGAGAACAAUACGAACCGCUGAGUAGACAGCUGUACUUGAGGCCAGUCUGA